AAAAUACAGCGGAGAACUGUGGAUUUGUACAUGUUAGGAGAUGGAGGUUCAAGAAGCGAUCGAAAUUCCUGUCUGGGUGGAGGGCACGCAGAAAUGGGUUACGGGACUGACAAAGAGAACAACUUGUGAUGACGUUAUAUACGCACUUUUGUAUCAGGAAGGAAGACACGACCGUGAUUCAACAGACAAUUACACCAUGUAUGAACGAUGGCGGGACGUGGAGCGCCCCCUGCAGGGUAGGACGAAAAUAAUUAAAAUCUGGCGCGCAUGGGGUGCAGAACAGUACAACGUACAGUUGACAAUGAAGCACAACAAGGAAUCAGAUGACUAUGCUGAGUUUUUACAUCAUCGUCGUCGUCAUCAUCGCCGUUCACGUCAUAAAACGAGAACGGAACGUAGUUCGAGGUCAAAGUCGGACAGCGACGACAAAUAUCAAUCGACAAAUGACCGACUGAAAACCAUGGAAAACCUUGCAAAACUCGUUGUUACUCAAGAACGGAAACUCCACGACAUUCGUCACUGCAUAAAGGAUACGGACAAGAGAAUCGACGGAAUAGAAACGGAUAUGCAUUACACGCGCAUGGCCGAAAAUGGCGAGGAUUACCUCCAAAAUGCAUACUUAGAGAAUGGUUUAGAGGAUAGUAUGGACGAAUUUUUAAGAAACGUAGAUCCGGACAACUUAGAGAUGUACAUCCAGUUCUGUGAAAGGGUGAUUAAUCUGGAGACUCGUAUUCAAAGAGAAACAUCAAAAAUUGAAGAUUUAUCACUUCAAAUUCAGGAAAGUACGCAUAAUGAAGCUUUCUACGAAAACAUAGAGGCAGCUAAAAACGGAGAAAAUUUAGAAGUAGAAUUGGCAAAUCUACAGGCCGAACUCAAUCGUUUGGUAUCCGCAAAUAUGAUGCAAAAAUAUCAGGCAGCACAAAUAUCAAGAGAGAUUGAGCAGUGUGACCAGUCACUGAAUACCAAACUCCAGACUAUCUCGCAGCUUCAGCACGAGCUUGAGGCCUUGGAUAGGUCUGACGCAACGCAUCACAGUGAAAAAUAUAGCGUGGAAGAUGCCGCGUCUGACUAUUUGAGUGUUGUGCCGGAGAACCACAGUACUCCUUUAAGGAAUGAGUAUCAUGAAGAAGCAGAGUAUGUGAAUCUAGACGCCAUCAUUGGCCUGUCUCACUCAUGUGACCCCGACACUUCAGCAGACACACGUGAUACUGGAAAGGGAGACAGUUUCGAUUCCGGAUGCGAGUCCAACCGAAAGCAGCUAAAUACGAGUGACCUUGACGACUCCUUCUCAGGUGAUACAGAUAACACGUCCAGUGACUCUCACUUUGGACAUGGCUCACAAACUCAAAGUAACACAUUAUCUAAAUAUUCUUGCCGAAAAAAUUCACGACUUCCAGAAACAUCUUGCCGCGAAUAUACUCGACUUCCGGUAGAUCACGCGACGUACCAGUGUGACGAACUGAUCAGUGAGAGGAUUAAGUCGGAGAUUUACGUGUACAAGUCCGCUAGGACAUGCUACAUGGACAAACACAUCGCCUUCUCCGGUUAUCGUUCAGAUGAGCGACAAAGCUACCGGAAGUCAGAGGACCAUGAUUCGAAUUCAGACACUGGACUAAGUUCUUUACAUAGUGACGAAUCGCCUACGUCAUAUCUGGAGACAUUAGUUUGAUUCCAUCACUUACCAUAUGUGUUACU